CUAUAAACAAUAUGGCCGUGUGUUGUCAGUGCUCUGCCAAAAACAUUGCAUGUAAACCGUAGACCUAGCUUUGUAAUUUGAAUACACGAUGAAUCCUCACAAAAGUGUUAUGUUCAACUAUUUGUCGAGUCACAAGUCUACACCUCCACGUUCAGGAGACCAGAAGACGAGAAAAACACCAAUUGGCACUAGUUCCAAUACAAAGAGAUCAGCUAAUCUUCCUCGCCAUGGGUUUCACACUUCAUCAAAACAUUCCACAAGGACGUCACAACGAAAGGCAACUAUUCAUGAGAUACCAGAUGAAGUCCUUUUGAAAAUAUUUAGUUUCUUUGGUGCCCAGGACCUGAUUCUGGUGUCUCAAGUUUGUCAGCGAUGGCGGAACUUAGCCAACGACAAUUCAUUAUGGAAGCCUAUUUUCUUGAAGUACGCUCCAAAAAGUGAAGCUGAAGCAUCAGGAGCUGGCAAUGUUACCUCAGUAUCUCAACUCAAGACAACCUGCAUUAGAAGAUGUGUUGAACAGAGGAACAAAAGAGUGUUUAGAUAUCUGAGGAAAAAGAGUCCAUACACAGGAAUCACUCAACAACGAGAUGUGGAAAAGGCCUUGAUAGACUCGUGUGUGUUUUGGCAGCUGGCGUUUGUUGAUGCCAGUGACAAUGAGGUGUGUGUGCAGAGUCGUGACCUGUCCGUACAUACAAUGGCUGCCUCCGUCCGCUGGUACGAUUUCAGUGCUCAGUCCCUGCAGAACACUAAGGCCAUCAGAAUCUACUCAUGCAACCCUAUCUUCUUUGAUACCAAGAAAGGCUGUGCUGUUAAAGACAGUCCUUACCAGAGGUCACUGCUGAAGACCUUUCCUCUGAAAUGGAGUUCUUGGGUGAGCACCAACAAACCAGUAGGGGAGAACGACACCAUCAACAUAUACUCCCUCCAAAGGGGACUCGCCAUAGCUGUGUGGAAGGACGGAGGAGAGGUGGCGUUUAUCUGUGUUGGUUUUAACUUGCACCACCUGGUGGACCGAUGUCUGAGAGGGAACUCAGUAGCACCCUUCAGUCCACCGCUACCUCCCGUUGUAACAGACGAUAUUGAUUCUGCUUUUGGUCUCCAUGGUUACAACUGUACUGUCCAGUUGAGGACGAUGAAGCAGCAGAUUUGGGACCAGCAGUUCAGAGGUCUAAACUGUCACAGUAAUAAAGGUGGAGGGUACGCACAGUUUGUUCUGAUAGAACCCCAUGAACGUCAAAUAAUAAACAAAGAAAUUGUGUUUCCAUGGAAAACAGAGGCGUUCAAAGGGAAAGUGCAGAAUGCUUGCUGGCUAGACAUCACUGUUAUAGAUGAGACUGGGGAUGUUUUCUGGACGGUCAGUUCCCUGGUGAGUUCUAAGGCAGCUCGACAAGCUGGAGUCAACACUCUAGACUUUGAGUAUUGUGAUGACGAGUCCCGAUCUAUCAAUUUCGUUGAUGAGGUUGGAAAGUUUCACAUGGAGUUCAGUAAAACAGAUGACCAAGAUAUCUACAUCACACAAGCCCUACUGGGUCUCACCUUGAAAGCAAUCAACACAAGGUUUAGAUCCAGCUACAGGUGACAGAUUUACACAAUCCAGCUAUAAAGAUUUUCAACAUAAGACUGUAGCAGGUUAUCUCCCUUGGAGUGGUCAACGUCCAGCUACACAUCCAAACCACUGACUGUACUAGGUAUCUCCUUUGGAAUGGUCAGCAUAAGGUUACAGUCAGAUGUCUACAUCAUGGACUGUACCAAGUCUCUUCUAUGGAGUGGUCAAUUCAAUUGUCCAGCUACCCCUCAUGGACUGUAUCAGGUGUGGUUAAUUGUCCAGCUUCAGAUUUAUGUCACGGACUGUGACUAGGUCUCUUUCUUGGAGCAGUCAAUUCAUGUCCAGCUUCAGAUUUACAUCACUGACUGUGACUAGGUCUCUUUCUUGGAGCAGUCAAUUCAUGUCCAGCUUCAGAUUUACAUCACUGACUGUGACUAGGUCUCUUUCUUGGAGCAGUCAAUUCAUGUCCAGCUUCAUAUUAAUAUCACCGACUACACCAGGUAUCUCCCUUGAAGCAGUCAACCAUCCGCUAGAGUUCGAAAUCAUCGCCUGUACCAGGUCUCUCCCUUGGAGGGGUCAAUGUCCAACUAGAGAUCUUAAUCACUUGCUUUUAUUUACUGGUCAAUGUAAGGUUACAGUGAGGUAUAAAUAUCAUAGACUCUACCAGGUCUCUAUCCCUUGAAACUUUAAUUGUCCCGCUAGAGAUCUAGGUCAAAGACAGUUUAGCUCCCUUGGAGCGGUCAGCAUAAGGUUCAAAUCCAGGUCCUGGAUAAAGACAUUCUGCUUUAAAUGGUAUUUCAUGAACAUUUUAAUGAAAUUAGCUUUGAGUAAACAAAGGUGUCUGACAGAAAUCUAAAUAAAUUUAAAAAGCUGGCCGAGAAAUACCUCCUUGUUUUCAUGUAACAAUAAAUGUUAAUGGUUAUGAUUAACAUCACUUAAUUUGUGAAUAAAUACGUAUC